UAUAUCUUCUGGGACGCAACGAGAUUGGUAAUAUUCAUGAAGCCACUGCAAGUACUAAUCUCAAUAGUUACCUAGCAUGGCCUACGGUUAGGUUAGAACCAAGUUUGAUAGUCAAGGGUGGGUGAAAGAAGACAAAGCUCUCGCUGAAGGGGCUCCAAGCUCGUCUAUAAACAGGACGGUGGAACCAGCGGAGGAAGAUGAGACAUGGAGGUCCAAGAGGAGAGCGUCCCUCUGCUGACAAAUGGUGGGACGGGGUUAGCGAGGAGAGUGUGGGAGGAGUCGAAGAAGCUGUGGGCGGUGGUGGGGCCGUCGAUGAUCGGAAGGCUCGCCUUGUAUGGAAUGUGCGUGAUCACACAGGCGUACGCAGGGCACGUCGGUGAUCUCGAGCUGGCGUCCUUCUCCAUCGCCACCACUGUGGUGGCGUCGUUUGCGUUCGGCUUUAUGCUUGGCAUGGCGAGUGCCAUGGAGACGCUGUGCGGGCAAGCUUUCGGGGCCAAGCGGUACCACAUGCUGGGUGUGUACAUGCAACGAUCCUGGGUCGUGCUCUUCGUCUGCGACAUCCUCCUCCUCCCCUUGUACUUGUACGCCACCCCGUUGCUGGAGUUGCUGGGGCAGCCGCGGGAGAUAGCAGAGCAGGCCGGAUACCUCUCGCUGUGGCUGCUGCCCAUGCAUUUCUCCUUCGUCUUCCUGUUCCCGCUGCAGAGGUUCCUCCAGUGCCAGCUGAAGAACUCCGUCAACGCCGCCUUCACCGUCCUCGCCCUCCUUGUCCACGUCCUCGUCAGCUGGUUGCUCCUGGAGAAGCUGAAGCUGGGGCUCACCGUCGCCACGCUGACGCUCGACUUCUCUUGGUGGGUGGCGGUGGUGGGUCAGUUUGGGUACGUUGUCUGCGGGGGUUGUCCUCGUACUUGGAAGGGCUUCUCCUUUGAAGCAUUCGCCGAGCUGUGGGGGUUUCUGAAGCUGUCGGUCUCAUCCGGUGUCAUGCUCUGCUUGGAGAACUGGUAUUACAGGAUACUUGUUCUACUGGCAGGUAAUCUAAAGAAUGCUGAAAUAGCUGUGGAUGCUCUCUCUGUCUGCAUGAAUAUAAACUCCUGGGAGAUGAUGAUUCCAUUGGCCUUCUUUGCUGGCACAGGAGUCCGGGUUGCUAAUGAGCUUGGAGCAGGCAAUGGAAAAGGCGCAAGAUUUGCUACCAUUGUCUCUGUGGCAACAUCUACAGCUGUUGGCCUUGUCUUCUGGUCUCUAAUCAUCGGUUUUCAUGACAAAAUUGCUCUUAUCUUUUCAACAAGUCGAGUCAUUCAGGAGGUUGUUAACAGGCUAUGUAUCCUAUUGGCAUUCAGCAUUCUUCUCAACAGUGUCCAACCAGUUCUUUCUGGUGUUGCUGUUGGGUCAGGGUGGCAAGCAUUGGUGGCAUAUGUGAAUAUUGGAACAUACUACUUCAUUGGCAUCCCUUUUGGAUUGAUUCUAGGGUGGAUUUUUGAACUUGGCAUUCUGGGCAUUUGGGCUGGAAUGAUUGGUGGAACAGGCAUUCAGACAUUGAUAUUGGCCAUUUUGACCAUUCGAUGUGACUGGGAUAAAGAGGCAAUGAUAGCUAGGGACCGUGUAAAGAAAUGGUCAGUUGCAGCCGACGAUAUACGUACAAAUUCCUGAACAGCACAAAAAUUGAUCAGGCAAACGUUAAAGUCAACUAUGAUUGCCAGUUAUCCUUGGAGAAAAUUAUAUUAAAUUUAUAAAAAUGCAACAAGUGGUAAGAAAAGAAGCAUCUAGAAAUAAGGAGAUCAUUAUAUGAUUAGCCAAUGAAUUCUUGCAUAUUAAACUCCAUGGAUUUGUAAGUAUUGCAAUGGACAGCUAUUGGCAAUAAUCCACUAUUCUGAUUUCUGAGUAU